UAGUCUUGAUAAUCAAAGUCAAUCCUCCCUCUCUUCUUGGGAUGGAAAUGGCCACUGUAACUGGACUGGGAUAAUUUGUGACAAGUCUAGAAGAGUCCACCAGUUAAAACUUUCAAGGUUCGGUUUGAAAGUUACAGGGCUCGAUUCCUUGGGAAUUAGGUAAACUCCAAUCCCUUCAUCAGCUAAUACUGUUCAACAACAGUCUCAGUGGUUUCAUUCCAGAAGAGAUGAACAAUCUUACAAGUUUGGUAACUUUUGAAGUCUCUGAAAACUACUUGUUUGGCCAUUUACCACAACAGGUGUGCCUUGGCGGAGUACUGGAAAGUUUUACUGCCCAUGACAAUUAUUUCACAGGUCCAAUCCCCAAGAGUUUGAAGAACUGUGCCAGCCUAUACAGAGUUCGGCUUGAACACAAUCAACUUAUUGGGAAUGUAUCUGAAGAUUUCGGCAUAUACCCACACUUGGACUAUCUUGAUCUGAGUGGAAAUAAAUUGAUUGGUGAGCUAUCAUCGAAAUGGGGUCAGUGCCACAAUCUGACAAGCCUAAGGAUCUCUAACAAUAAUCUCUCUGGUGAACUACCCUCAGAACUUGGAAAGGCAACUCAGCUACGAGUAUGUGACCUUUCUUUAAAUCAUCUAACUGGAGGCAUUCCAAAGGCACUAGGAGAGCUAAAAUUGUUGUUCAACUUAAUGCUGAAUGAUAAUCAUCUUUCAGGAAGUAUUCCUCCUGAAAUGGGAAUGCUAUCUAGUCUUGUUCAUCUUAACUUGGCGGCAAACAACUUAAAUGGCUCCAUUCCAAAAUCGUUGAGGCAGUGUGAAAGUCUCUUGGAACUGAACUUGAGUGUCAAUAGAUUGAGUGGAGGAAUUCCUUCUGAGGUUGGCAGCUUGUCUUUUCUUCAAAUUCUUGAUCUCAGUCAGAAUUUUCUGAUAGGUAAAAUACCGAAGGCAGUUGGGAACUUGAAAUCUUUAGAAAAGCUGAACCUCUCUCACAAUAAGCUCUUCGGUUUUUUUCCCUCAACUUUUGAUGAUAUGUUAAGCUUAACAUCUGUUGAUGUAUCCGACAAUCGGUUGGAGGGUCAUCUUCCAGACAACAAGGCCUUUCGAGAGGCUUCAUUUGAGGCUUUCAGAAACAACAAAGGCUUGUGCGGCAAUAUCACAGGUUUGGAAGUAUGUUCUUCAAAAUUAAGCAGUAAUGUUGAUCGGAAAAAGAAUAGCAACAUUGUGAUUGCAACUUUAAUCCCUAUUUUAUUCACACUGCUUCUUGUAUUUGUUGUCUUUUGGAUUCUUUCUUCUUCAAAACGAAGAGAAAGGAAUACCGAGAACACAGCAAGGGUAGUAGCUAGUGAUAAUUUGUUUUCAGUUUGUAACUAUGAUGGGAAAAUGAUGUACAAAAUCAUAGUUGAAGCAACUGAAGAAUUUGACUCCAAAUACUGCAUUGGGGUUGGGGGACAUGGAAGUAUUUACAAGGCACAAUUGUCUGAUGGUCAAAUUGUUGCUGUGAAAAAACUUCACCAACUUCCAGAAGGUGGGGUGGGAGAUCAGAAAGCUUUCAACCGUGAGAUUUGGGCCUUGACUGAAAUACGCCAUCGCAAUAUUCUGAAACUUCAUGGUUUCUGUUCCCAUCCCCAACACUUGAUUUUGGUAUACGAGUUCUUGGAAGGGGGAAGCCUGGAGAAGAUACUGAGGAUUAAUGAACAAGCAAUGGAAUUUGAUUGGAUUAAGAGGGUAAAUGUUGUCAAAGGCAUGGCUAAUGCUUUGGCCUAUAUGCACCAUGACUGCUCCCCUCCUAUUGUCCAUCGUGACAUUUCAAGCAAGAACAUUCUGCUAGAUUCAGACUAUGAGGCUCACGUUGCAGAUUUUGGCACUGCCCGGCUUCUUAAGCCUGAUUCAUCCAAUUGGACCUCAUUUAAAGGCACUUUUGGUUACACUGCUCCAGAGCUUGCUUACACCAUGCAAGUGAAUGAAAAAUGUGAUGUAUUUAGCUUUGGAGUGGUGACACUGGAAACGCUUAUGGGAAGGCAUCCUGGGGAUAUAAUAUCUUUUCUGUCAUCAUCAGUUUCUUCACUCACACCAUCAUGUUCAUCAUCAGCACCCUUCAAUCAGUUACUACUGAAGGCUCUGUUAGACCAGCGUCUUCCCUCUCCUAGGGAACAAAUAGCAGCGGAAGUGGUCUUCGUUGUAAAACUUGCAUCUCUAUGCCUACAUGCCACUCCACAAUCUCGACCAAGUAUGCAACAAGUUUCUCAGGAGCUGUCAACUCGGAACCCACCCUCGGUGAAGCAGUUUCACACAAUAACUAUAAGCCAAUUGUUUGAUUCCAGCUGUUAUACAUCCUGAAGCCUGGCAUGAAAUACUCCCUUUUUUUGGUUCUGUUCUGAUUCUGCAUUUCCUUGAUUUCCCAUGUUUUUAUCACUUGAUGUUCCAAUUAGUUUGUAUUAUCCAAAUUGGAUUUGUCUGAAUCCUAGAAGUCAUCGACCAAAAAAUAAAAGGUUAGCAUAUAGACAGUUUAGACGUAUGAA